AUGAGUGAGGCUCGAAGGGACAGCACCAGCAGCCUGCAGCGAAAGAAGCCACCGUGGCUGAAGCUGGACAUCCCGGCUGUGGCGGCCCCGGCCAUGGAGGAGCCCAACUUUCUGCAGCCUCUGAGGCGCCAGAUUUUCCUAAGGAGUGUGAGCCUACCAGCAGAGACCGCCCGCAUGCCCUCGCCCCACCCGGAGCCCCGGAGGCCUAUGCUGCACCGCCAGGCGUCCAUCACACAGACCAUCCGCAGGGGCACAGCUGACUGGUUUGGAGUGAGCAAGGACAGUGACAGCACCCAGAAAUGGCAACGCAAGAGCAUUCGACACUGCAGCCAGCGCUAUGGGAAGCUGAAGCCCCAGGUCAUCCGGGAGCUGGACCUGCCCAGCCAGGACAACGUCUCACUGGCCAGCACCGAGACGCCGCCCCCGCUGUACGUGGGGCCGUGCCAGCUGGGCAUGCAGAAGAUCAUCGACCCCCUGGCCAGGGGCAGAGCCUUCCGCUUGCCAGAGGAUACCUCAGAUGGCCUGAGCGCCCCACACACGCCCAUCACACCGGGAGCAGCCUCCCUCUGUUCCUUCUCCAGCUCCCGUUCAGGCUUCAACCGGCUUCCCCGGCGGCGGAAACGAGAGUCGGUGGCCAAAAUGAGCUUCCGGGCAGCGGCGGCGCUAAUGAAGGGUCGUUCGGUGAGAGAUGGCGCAGCACGCAGGGCGCAGCGCCGUAGCUUCACUCCUGCCAGCUUCCUGGAGGAGGACACGGCUGACUUCCCGGACGAGCUGGACACGUCCUUCUUUGCCCGGGAAGGGGUCCUCCAUGAGGAGCUGUCCACCUACGCGGAUGAGGUGUUUGAGUCCCCGUCGGAGGCGGCGCUCAAGGACUGGGAGAAGGCCCCGGAGCAGGCGGACCUCACUGGUGGGGCCCUGGAGCGCAGCGAGCUGGAGCGCAGCCAUCUUAUGCUGCCUCUGGAGCGCGGCUGGCGGAAGCAGAAGGACGGUGGCUCUGCGGUCCCCCAGCCCAAAGUGAGGCUUCGGCAAGAGGUGGUGAGCACGGCGGGGCCGCGGAGGGGCCAGCGGAUCGCAGUGCCAGUGCGCAAGCUCUUUGCUCGGGAGAAGCGGCCGUACGGGUUGGGCAUGGUGGGCCGGCUCACCAACCGCACCUACCGCAAGCGCAUCGACAGCUACGUCAAGCGUCAGAUCGAGGACAUGGACGACCACAGGCCAUUCUUCACCUACUGGCUCACCUUCGUGCACUCACUGGUCACCAUCCUGGCCGUCUGCAUCUAUGGCAUCGCUCCAGUGGGCUUCUCGCAGCAUGAGACCGUAGACUCGGUGCUGCGGAACCGCGGCGUCUACGAGAACGUCAAGUACGUGCAGCAGGAGAACUUCUGGAUUGGGCCCAGCUCGGAGGCCCUCAUCCACCUGGGCGCCAAGUUCUCACCCUGCAUGCGCCAGGACCCGCAGGUGCACAGCUUCAUCCAGGCAGCUCGGGAGCGGGAGAGGCAUUCCGCCUGCUGUGUGCGCAAUGACCGCUCUGGCUGUGUGCAGACCUCGGAGGAGGAGUGCUCGUCCACAUUGGCCGUUUGGGUUAAGUGGCCUGUCCACCCCAGUGCCCCAGACCUUGCUGGUCACAAGAGGCAGUUUGGCUCAGUCUGUCACCAAGACCCCAGAGUGUGUGAUGAGCCCUCCUCUGAGGACCCCCAUGAAUGGCCUGAUGACAUCACCAAGUGGCCAAUCUGCACUAAAAGCAGCGCUGGGAACCACACCAACCACCCCCACAUGGACUGUGUCAUCACGGGCCGUCCCUGCUGCAUUGGCACCAAGGGCAGGUGUGAGAUUACCUCCCGGGAAUACUGUGACUUCAUGAGGGGGUACUUCCAUGAGGAGGCCACGCUGUGCUCUCAGGUACACUGUAUGGAUGACGUGUGUGGCCUCCUGCCCUUCCUCAACCCUGAGGUGCCAGACCAGUUCUACCGCCUGUGGUUGUCCCUCUUCUUGCACGCAGGGAUCCUGCACUGCCUGGUGUCUGUCUGCUUCCAGAUGACCAUCCUGCGGGACCUGGAGAAGCUGGCGGGCUGGCACCGCAUCUCCAUCAUUUAUCUGCUCAGUGGCAUCACUGGCAACCUGGCCAGUGCCAUUUUCCUACCAUACCGGGCAGAGGUGGGCCCAGCUGGCUCGCAGUUCGGCAUCCUGGCCUGCCUCUUUGUGGAGCUGUUCCAGAGUUGGCAGAUCCUGGCUCGGCCCUGGCGGGCUUUCUUCAAGCUGCUGGCCGUGGUGCUCUUCCUUUUUGCCUUUGGGCUGUUGCCUUGGAUCGACAACUUUGCCCACAUCUCCGGCUUUGUCAGUGGCCUCUUCCUCUCCUUUGCCUUCUUGCCCUAUAUCAGCUUUGGCAAGUUUGACCUGUACCGCAAGCGCUGCCAGAUCAUCGUCUUCCAGGCUGUGUUCCUGGGGCUGCUGGCCGGUCUGGUGGUUCUCUUCUACUUCUACCCGGUGCGCUGUGAGUGGUGUGAGUUCCUCACCUGCAUUCCCUUCACCGACAAGUUCUGCGAGAAGUACGAGCUGGACGCCCAGCUGCACUAGCUAGCCUGGGGCCUGGGGGCCGCGGCCAUGCUCCAGCAGGUCCGGAGCUGGCGCCAAGGCCAUUCCUGCCCUCACCUGCUGGCGGGACCCUCGUGUUUCUGAACUCAGACCUCUGUGCCUUGUUCACUUUUGUUGGACUCCUUAUGCCGCUGUGUUUGUUACACUAGUGUCCAUAAUCACUUUCUAACUAGUUUCUUGACAACCACCUCAUGUGGCUAGUAAACCAACGGGAGCGUUUUAGCUGCCAUUACUUUGA